AUGGAGCAAACUUUCAUCAUAAUCAAGCCUGAUGGGGUUCAAAGGGGCCUGGUUGGUGACAUCAUUAGCAGGUUUGAGAAGAAGGGCUUCUAUUUGAAAGGUUUGAAGUUCAUAAAUGUGGAUCAUCCUUUUGAUGAGAAACACUAUGAGGACUUGUCUGCAAAGCCCUUUUUCAGUGGAUUGGUUGAUUAUAUUAUUUCUGGUCUCGUUCUUGCUAUGAUUUGGGAGGGUAAGACUGUUAUCCGAACUGGCCGAAAGAUUGUUGGUGCCACCAACCCAGCAGAAUCCGCCCCUGGAACAAUCCGUGGUGAUUAUGCAAUUGAGAUUGGCGGGCAGAAACACAAUAGUCCAAUCUGUCCAGAAGAAUUGUUUGUUGCAUCUGUCCGUUUUUGA